CUGACCGGGCGCGUGACGUACACAUGCUCGGUUUACUUCCUGUUAACGGUGUGUGUGUGUAUAUGUAUGUAUAUAUAUAUAUAGAGAGAGAGAGAGAGAGAGAGAGAGAGAGAGACGGUUCGGUUUUGCCGCUAUGAGUUAACGGGAGAGGCGGAGUCAGGGGUGGGACUUUGAAAGAUGCCGUCCAAUAAGAGUGUGUCUGAUGCCUCCAUCACUCAGUUUGUCAACUGCAGAAUCCUCAGAGACCAUCAUCUGGAGAGAGAGGACCUGUGGGUGCGUGAUGGAAAGAUCUUGAACCCGGAGAAGCUGUUCUUUGAUGAACAAGGUUUCGCGGACCGUAAAGUUGACUGUGGGAAUAAGAUCAUGGCCCCCGGGUUCAUCGAUGUGCAGAUCAACGGUGGAUAUGGCAUUGACUUCUCCCAGGCCACUGAUGACAUCACUGGGGGCGUGGCUCAGGUGGCCAAGAGGAUUCUGGAACAUGGGGUCACUUCAUUUUGCCCCACGCUGGUGACGUCUCCUCCGCACAUUUAUCACCAGGUGAUCCCUCAGCUGAAGGUGACGGAUGGAGGAGCAGAUGGAGCUGGAGUGCUGGGUCUUCAUCUCGAGGGUCCAUUUAUCAGUGAGGAGAAGAGAGGUGCUCACCCUCCUCAGUUUCUCCGCCCUUUUUCAAAAGGGGGCGUGGCCGACCUGUUUGAGACCUAUGGACAGCUGGAGAAUGUUGCCAUGGUAACCCUGGCACCAGAGCUCCCUAACAGCGGGCCAGUGAUCUGUGAGCUAGCGCGAAGGGGCAUCGCAGUGUCACUGGGUCACUCCAUGGCUGAUUUGUCUCAGGCUGAGGAGGCUGUCCUGAAAGGAGCGUCAUUCAUCACACACCUGUUCAAUGCCAUGCUACCUUUUCACCACAGAGACCCAGGCAUUGUGGGAUUGCUGACGAGUGAGCGUGUGCCUGCAGGUCGAACUGUGUAUUACGGUAUGAUUGCUGAUGGUAUUCACACACACCCUGCUGCACUGAGGAUCGCACACAGAGCUCACCCUGAAGGGUUGGUGCUGGUGACUGAUGCAGUUCCAGCGAUGGGGCUUCCUGCAGGGAGACACACACUGGGACAGCAAGAGAUUCACAUACAGGGACUGCACGCUUACGUAGCAGGAACUAAAACGCUGAGCGGCAGCAUCGCCACCAUGGACAUGUGUGUGAGACACUUCAAACAGGCCUCUGGAUGCACAGUGGAGGCAGCAUUGGAAGCUGCGUCUCUACAUCCCGCUCAGCUGCUGGGGAUCAGUCACAGGAAGGGGACACUGGAGUACGGUGCAGAUGCAGAUUUCGUUAUCCUGGACGACUCACUCACGGUCCAGGAGACCCACAUUGCCGGUGAGCAGGUGUGGAGGAAGUGACCUCAUCCUGAUAAUGCCCUCUGAUUGGAAGGAUACGACCCGAGGAGUGGUCUUGGGAGCAUUUAAGUGGCUAUAAAGCACACACACUAAACACACACCCUUUUACCUGGGACUUCUGUACAAUGUGAAAAGGAGGUGUUGAAAAAGGUCGAGUCAUUUCAUGUUUCUUUCUGUCUGUACUUCCUCUGUAUCAUUACAGUUUACAUUUAAAGGCUUUAAAGCCUGCUCUGUUCUCUACACUGAGAGAGAGAUGGAGUGAAGUGUGAAAUAAACACCAGACUGAAA